CUCUUUCCUCGCAACCUUUGCAUGACGCCUCAUUCCAGUGAUGACGCGCUGCUCUCAUUUCCGGCGAUCGCAGUCUGUUGUUGAAUGUACCGUUCUGUCCAGAUUCGGGAUGGUACUCAUCAAGCAAUACCAGGUGUUGUUGCCAUGUUCAGUAGAAGAGUACCAGGUUGGCCAACUGUACUCAGUUGCAGAGGCCAGUAAGAAUAACACGGGUGGUGGAGAGGGCAUCGAGGUCCUCCGAAAUGAACCCUAUGAGAAAGAUGGUGAAAAGGGCCAGUAUACCCACAAGAUCUACCACAUACACAGCAAGGUUCCCGGUUUUAUUCAGAUGUUUGCGCCUGAAGGAGCCCUGGUUUUUCACGAGAAAGCCUGGAAUGCUUACCCCUACUGUCGCACUAUUGUUACAAAUGAGUACAUGAAAGAUGACUUCUUCAUUAAAAUUGAAACUUGGCAUAAACCUGACAUUGGAACAACUGAGAAUCCUCACGGUCUUCCUCCUGAAGAAUGGGAGGAGAUAGAGAUUGUGCCGAUUGAUAUAGCUGAUCGCUCUCAGGUGGAUGAUGUGGACUAUAAACCAGACGAGGACCCUGCCGUCUACCACUCUGAGAAAACUGGGAGAGGACCUCUGGGACCUGAAUGGAAGAAAGAGCUUCACAACGGUAACUGUCCCUAUAUGACGGCGUAUAAGUUGGUGACGGUUCAUUUCCGCUGGUGGGGACUGCAGGGACGUGUGGAGAACUUCAUUCAUAAGCAGGAGAAAAGGCUCUUCACUAAUUUCCACCGGCAGCUGUUUUGUUGGCUGGACCGCUGGGUGGACCUCACUAUGGACGACAUUCGUCGGAUGGAGGAAGAGACGCAGAGGGAGCUGGACCAGAUGCGCAGCCAAGGUUCUGUGAGAGGGAUGAAAGCCGGAGAGGACUAGGAUGAAAAGAAAGAUUGAAAGAAAACAAAAUAGGGGCUACUUUUUAUUUAACCUCCUUCAGUCCUCAUGGCCAGUCACAACGUGCCACAUCACCAAGCCCUUCCAAACAGGAAACCGUCGUCCCUUACCCAGGAUAUGUCCAUUACCAUGCGUGUGAAUGUUUGCGUGAAUGUGUACAGUAUGCAUGUGUAUCAGUGGUUGUGCAGUUUAACUUUACACCUCAUUUGCUGCCAAUUUCUUUGAGAUUCACUUAAGAGACAUUAAGUGAUACUGGCAUUUCUUUUUAUAAGUAUUAUAACUGUUUAAUGGUUUUUGGUUCAUUUUGCAACCAUCAGCUUUUUACUGAAUGCACAAGUGGAGUCCGAGGAAACAUUUCACCACAUGUAUGACCAUUAAUAAAUGACUAAGUAAUUUACCUAAUUAUGUUACAUUUGUCUUGCUGUUUGGAAAAUCUCAGUGGGAUCUUACGUAUGCCUCGAGGAUCAAUGUCAGAAAACGGACAUAAAAUGGAUUAGAGAGCUUGUUUUACUCCUAUGAAGCUCAAAGCAGAAUGGUUUUCCGGUUUAGUUACGGUGGUCUUUCGGAUUGGUUCUGCACUGAAAGGGGUGUAGACGUUUGUUAAAAGCUAUGAAUGGGUAUUGUUUCUUUUUUAAGAUGAGUGUAAGAACCUUGAAACCCCUCCCACCUUUGACUGACAUGCCACAGGCCACACCUCUCAAUUCAGAAGAGUAUGGCCUGAAUUUUUGGAAAGUGAAGUUCAAUUUACAAUAUUGUAACAACAAAUUAAAGAAAACAUCAUUGACUACCA